GGAAGUGACGAAUUCGAAAACAGAGAAGGUAUAUUCUAGCGAUAGCUGCUAUCUGGCCAGGCACACGAGGAGUUGGGUGGGACAUGGUUUGAAGUGAUGUCCAUAUGGUACCCACCGCGCCAACUGUGGGCGGGGGAAAAAUAUACUUAAGCUCCAGCAUGAUGAUGCAGCAAACUUUACCUUCAUCCUUCGUCGGUCCUUCCGCUCAAUUUUGAGUUUUCGCUCGAGUCUCUGCUCGCACGAGCAACGCUCUCAGAGUUAACGAUGUAUUCAUCUGCCGAAACCGCCCCCGAGGUGGACAUCAUUGAGCGAAAAACCUCUCGCACGACCGGCUCAUCCAUUACAAACGAGAAGACGAUCGAUCCCGAGGUCCAGGAGAGCAAGGAGCUUGCAAAUGAUGACAUCGAGGUCGAGGAGGCCAGGUCAAAGCGAGAGGCUUUCUACCGGAAAUAUCGCCCUCUCAUCCUCGGCGGCAUCGCGGCAGUCAUCCUUGGCUGGUGGAUAUCUGCUACCGUCCUCAAAGCUACCCGACAUAGAUGGAUUGUGCAGACAGUCUGGGCAUGGUUUUUCAUAAUCGUUAUUGCUUUCCGGUUCAUACCCAAUUCAGUCGUAACGCGUCCAGUGGGUGCAGUAUGGGUCCCCCUCGUCCAGAAACCCUUCUUAAGCCUCCCUCGCAUGGUCCGACUCGGUAUGGGCUGGCUCGCCCUCUUAGGCAUCGUCUUCGGUUCUGCUUUUGGCUUCCCACUCACCGGUAAUACCAACUAUGGUGAUCGUGCCAUCUCCGUUCUGGGACUUUUCGUGUUCCAGACUGGGUUCUGGCUCUCCAGCAGGCGUCGGUCACAAAUCCCUUGGCCGACGGUCAUGGUAGGCUUGUUUAUGCAACAAGCAAUUGCCAUGUUCGUGCUCAAGUCAGGUGCUGGCUUCUCCAUCUUCAAGUGGAUUGCUCUCCUCGCAUCCGACUUCUUGGCGCAAGCUUUGAAGGGUGCCGAGUUCUUCUUCGACCCCGAUGUCAUCGACAGGCAUUGGUUCUUUGUGAACACGCUUUCGUCGAUCAUUUUCUUCAUUGCAUUCGUGCAGAUGAUGUAUUACCUAGGCGUCAUGCAAUGGCUCAUCAAGGGAUUCGCGUGGUUCUUCUUCAAAGUGAUGAAUGUAUCUGGUGCAGAAGCCGUCGUCGCGGCCGCCUCACCCUUCAUCGGCCAGGGUGAAUCCGCAUGUCUUGUCCGUCCGUACGUGGACCUUAUGACUGAGUCGGAACUGCACUUGACCAUGACAUCUGGUUUCUCCACCAUCGCAGGAUCUGUUCUUGGCGCAUAUAUUAGCAUGGGUGUUCCUGCGCAAAACCUGGUCACCGCGUCUGUGAUGAGUAUUCCAGCCUCCAUUGCAAUCAGUAAACUCAGAAUGCCUGAAACGGACGAGCCUGUGACAAGAGGACAGGUUACCGUCGACCGCGGAUCUGAAAGCGAGAAGAACAGACCUGCUAAUGCGCUUCAUGCGUUCAGUCAGGGCGCGUUGUUCGGUUUGAUUGUUGCAGGUCAGAUUCUGACGAACGUGUUGACCGUUGUCUCCCUUGUCGCUACCAUAAACGGUCUGCUUACCUGGAUCGGACACGGUUUUGGUAUUAAUGCCCUCACCCUUGAACUCAUCCUCGGAUAUAUAUUCUACCCCGUCACCUUCUUCAUCGGCGUACCGCGUAACGAGAUUCUCACCGUUUCCCAAUUACUUGCAACCAAACUCGUCCAAAACGAAUUCGUUGGGUACCGCACGCUCAUGGCUAUCAUGGGCAGCGAUAACCCAUUGAGUUUCAGAGGCUAUACGAUCGCUUCGUAUGCUCUCUGUGGAUUUGCGAACCUUGGGUCGUUGGGUAUUCAGAUUGGUGUCUUGAGUGCUCUUGCACCGUCGAGAGCGAAGAUUAUUGCGAAAAUUGCAACAAGUGCUAUGAUCUGCGGUUUUAUCUCGACACUUCAAGCCGCGGGUAUCGCUGGCAUGCUUGUAUAGAGCGUGGAGUAUAUGUAUACCUUAAUGUCAUUCUUGAUCCUUGUUCUUGGAAUUCUAGUUAAUAGCCUCCCAUUUGGGUGUAUGACCCUGACGAUACGGACUGUGAGUUAUGCCUACUUAGUAGCAACAUAUGGAGGGUGGAGUUAUAGGCAGUGGAGUCAUGAUAUUGUGUAGCCUCCUGUUCUCUUGUAGCCUGUUCUCGAUGAAUAUAAUGUCUAAUGAAGAAGUCAGUUUACGGCGGACCAUAUGGACACUUGGGCUUCUGUUGUAGGACGUCAAGGGGUUGCAUGUCCGUGGUCUUCGCAAAAGCCAGUUGAAAAUAUAAAAGGGAAACCCCA